GCUAUACAUUGUACAUGACAUUUCAUACUCAUAGCCUCGGAGAAAUUUGUUUGUGUCUACGUCUUUGUAUCCUAGGAUCUAUCUUUUUCAAGACCCGCUACCCGCUCACUGCAAGUCUGCAUUGGAAGCCUGCACAUGUAGACAUAGCUAGACCUGGGUCCUAGCGGCUUACGAGCGGUUUUAUUUAGGCCUUUCUCGGGAGUCUUGGAUUUGAGUGCGCGAGCUACUUUUGCAUCACGAUCCGGGAUUUCAACGGCCUGCGUAUACUGCACUGCACUGUACUGCUUAUCUGAUUUUUAGUCUGAGGUGCAUGCAUUCAGCAUCCUGGAUUAGCAGACGUACAUGUAUACGUCAUGGAGGAGAUGGGAGAGAGAACACCGGCCGAUGGACAGGAGACGGCCAGCGAACCAAUGGAGUACUCCGUCCCACCUCAAAAGCUACAGCGAAGAGUCAGUCUUGCAGAUGCAACAACCCAUGGAGAGCUCGAGGACAGCUUUGAUGAUCGACCGAGAAGCGCACUAAGACGGCGCAAGAGUCGACCGCGUACAGCGAUGGGCGUUACGAUUGGAGAGCCAUUGACCGUACUUGCGGAGACAACCCCUGGACCGCAGUACGAUAUCAAGGAUGACUUGAUUCGACCAAAGUCAGCUGCUUACUCCAUCAAGUCGCCGUACAAGUUCCGAGCAAAUACACAUCCGGGACCAGAGAAAUACGACACGUCCGGUGACAUGAUGUUUAAGAAGCGCAGCGAGCGGCCAAAAUCAGUGGCACUGACAGCCAAGGGCACCACUGCUCCCUACCACCCACGGCAUGACUAUCACAUUCGAGACGACCCCGGACCGGGUCACUACCGACCCAGGUACACGGACACCGGGCGUCAUGCCCAGAAGUCCUCUUUUGGCAUUCGCCACAAGGAGGGGAUCCAUGCAGGCCUUGUCAACAGGACUAUACCACCGACCGACACUCAUGGGUUCAAAACUCCUGGUCCGGACUACUGGCCGGAUGACGAGGAGGGAACGGCGUACACUUUCGGCAUGGCUAAGAUCUAUGACUACACCAGCUAUGGCCAAGGGCCGUUCCAGGAAGAUAUUGGGCAUGGACGGAUCCUGUCUCCUGGGAGAGCAACUAGCCUGGCUGGCAAACUGGGAAAGUCUUCAGAAACAGAAACACCUGGACCUGCAGAAUACUAUGUUCCUGACCAGAUGGGAUCCGGCCUAGCAACAUCCCUUGCCAGCCGCCACAAGAAACUGGACAACUUCGUCGGACCAGCGCCUAAUGAGUACUCACCGAGGCGACUUAACAUUCCUCCCUCUCAUACAAUGACGUACCGGGAAUUCGAGCGGACCGAUGAAGCACCGACCCCAGCUCCAGUUGAGUUUGACACCAGCGGCUUCGACCGUUUCCCCUGCGCGCCAAGCUACAGGAACGCAGAGAGAUGCCGGCCAGUUUACCCUGACAUCCUGCAGUAUCCCGAUAUAGGCAAUGUCAUGGACAACCCUUCACCGAAUAAGCAUGGACGGAUACGUGACUUCUCCAUCAAUGACCAGCCAUCAUAUUCCAUGGCUUGGAGACACCGUCCAAGGAGAAACACAGUACCUGCACCAAAUGCCCAUGGAUACGAGCACACAACACCUGUACAGCCACACAGGGCCAGGGCAGCGCAGUACAGCAUGGGGAAAACCCUCCGCAUGCCCAGCAAUCGCCGUGGAUAUGCACCCAGAGGAACAAAUGAAGACGGUCCCGGACCGGAUGUCUAUGAAGUCAGCGACGACUACUUGAGGCCAGACCCCGUAUCAAAGAGCUUUGGUGCCAAACACAAACACCUCGAGAAUACAACACAACAGCGCAGUGUACCAGGACCCAAGUACAGCCUAGACAUAGGCACAACACGCACAGGCGCCAACAAGGGCAGGUCAGCCAGCUUCAAGGGCCGCCAGAGCAACUACAUGUUCCAGAUGCGAGAGCCACGUGCAGUCAGCGCCAUUGCAUAAGGCAGCAGCGUGCAUACACUGGCACAACACUCUCCUUUAUCCUUUAUUGAACCAACAUAUUAUACGUGUAGGAAUUCACAAACUCCGCAUAGACGGCUUGAUGCUCAAAGGAAGCAAUGCUUGUUCUACGAUCAUAGAUCACACCACUUUAGUGACUUUAAAACAAAACAUAGAAUUAAUUUAAUACUUUGAAGUAGAAUGCCACACUAGUACUAAGUUUCUUUCAGCUGUUAGUGACUACAAGUCAGUGGUUAGGUAGGAUGUUUGCUAAACUAUUUUUCCCAUUCA